AUUUUAUAAUGGCAAAAAAGAACAGAAAGUCAGCCACUAUUGAUGCAAAAAAUAUUAAUAAUGCGGAAAAUAGCAAGAACAAAGUGGGUAAUAAAGGUGAUGAUGACACAGCAGAAGAAAGUAUGAUUGUUGAUGAGGAAGAACCAUCAGUAGAAGAAGGUGAAAAUAAAGAGCUUGAAGAAGACAUUGAAGGUCCUAGAGAAUUCGGUGGUUUUACGGUUCUUGGUGAUUUUAAAGCAAAAGAAAAAAAGAAGGUAGGGUUUAAUAGAAAAUAUCAUUCACUCACAGUCUGCCUCCUGCUCUCCCUCUCUUUCUCUCUCUCCUUCCUCCCUCUAUCUUUUCUCCCUCUGUUUCUUUCCCUCCCCUAGUGCUAAUGAGUGUUGCAUAUGCUGUUUAUGAUAAUUAAGAAUUGACUAAAUCUGCAUGCAAAUGGAAUUGAUUUCUCAUAGGUUGAAAGAGUUUUGCCCAAUUGGCUUCAUCAUCCAGUUCUAAUUGGGACAGAUGAUGUCAGAGAUUUCUCCAGCAUUAAGGCAUUAGAUCAGAAUCUGGUUAAAAAGUUAAAAGAAAACGGCAUUAGCUCCUGUUUUCCUGGUAAAUAUUUUAUUUCAUUUCACUCAAAACUUAAGCCAAAUUCACUGGGUUCACUUGUUAUAUUAGGCUUACUGAUAAUAGAUAAAUACACCUUGUGCUAAAAAAAAACUUUGAUUAUGGAAUGAUUAAUUGAUACAAUGAAAUAAUUGUUUAAGGGUGAUAUAAAUAAAAGCCGUUUGCAACUAUUUCACUAUUCCCAGAGCAAAUGUCUUCCGAAUUUAGGAUACUUGGGUUUCCUUUAGAGCACCACAACAACAAAAAAAUUUAAAAUUAUAAAACUAUUUUAUUGCAGUUCAGUGGAAGGUCAUACCAGAGCUUCUAGCUCAGAGUAAUUGUGGAGUGUAUGCCGGAGAUGGAGGCUUUCGUCCACGUGAUGUUUGCGUAUCUGCACCAACUGGAAGUGGCAAAACCCUCACCUUUGCCCUGCCCAUUAUUCAGGUAGUUAUAUGCAUAAAAUGAAUUCUGUUGGAGAAAUGCUUAUUACACAGUAUAUAGAGGUGUUUUCUGUGUCUUUUUUCCCCACAUUUAAUACACUCAUGCAUUUUCAAUAACAAUAUCAAAUAUUUUUUACUUUUUGGGGAAGUAUGUAACUUCAUUAGUUGCCCAAAAGGUACUAUAUUCCUGUAAUUCUUUUACCUUGAUAGUACGCACCACAGAAUAAUGUGAAAUGCACUUUUUGUUUUUUAAUAACUUAACUUCUGUUUUUAACUAUAACAUAGAGCGCUUCCUGUUCUAAAGGUUGAGCUACAUUGACAUAAUUGAGAUUUUUGAAAACAUAAGUUUAAUUUCUUUUUUAAAAUUAAAUAUCUGUUGUUUCUUGUUUUGUAUUGUCUAUUGAAGAAGGUUUCUAGCCAAAACGUCAGUUUAAUAGUCCUUUCUUUUAUAAUUGAGAUUUUUGAAAACAUAAGUUUAAUUUCUUUUUUAAAAUUAAAUAUCUGUUGUUUCUUGUUUUGUAUUGUCUAUUGAAGAAGGUUUCUAGCCAAAACGUCAGUUUAAUAGUCCUUUCUUUUCAAGCCUAAAUAUAUCUUUUUCCACUAUUUAUUUACCUUUUGCAAGGAUACUUAUGUGUACAGCUCAAUUGAAUUAUUUGACGACCUCAACAAAUACAGAAUUAAAUGCUUGCAAUAUGCUAACAAUGGCUUAAAGCAAAAAUCUUUUUAUAAAGAUAAACAGCAUUCCUCCAGGAUAAAUAAUGUGCCUUCUCCAUCAAAAUUCCAUUUUGCUGGGCAUCCUAUGAGUGUUUACUUUUAGUUUUGAACGACGAAUAUGUUGAGGUACCAGCAAAUGUUUAAAAUUGUUUUUUUUUAUUCCUGAGUACUUUUUUUAAUAUAAACUGUGUUAGUUAAAAAUUAAUUUUAAAAUAUAUGUUUUAAUUAUAGAUGCUGUGCAGGAGAAAAAUACUUUGGAUCUUUUGUUCGCACAGUUUUUAAAAAAGAAUUUGCAUGUUGCCAAUAAAAUCAUAACCAAUAAUAAUAUUUCAACACUUUUCUUUGGUUGCCAAUGAAAUUAAUAGGCUCUACAGCACCGUGUUGUGCCACAUGUGAGAGCACUAGUCAUUCUGCCGGUCAGAGAUUUAGCAAUUCAAGUAUGCAAAGUUUUUGAGCAAUAUAUACAAGGAACACAGCUCAAGGUAAAUGGUUUUUAAUGUGGUAAUUAUUUUUUGUGCUUUAUGAGGAGAAAGGGACUUAAUAUCACUGCCCUCUGUGUUUCAGUUUCUUCAAUAUUUUCACACUGGCUUUUUUAAAAAUAUAUAUCUAGCAGUAAAAUGUGUUGAUUAUUCAUACAAGGAACACAGCUGAAGGUAAAUGGUUUUUAAUGUGGUAAUUAUUUUUUGUCCUUUAUAAGGAGGAGAAAGGGACUUAAUAUCACUGCCCUCUGUGUUUCAGUUUCUUCAAUAUUUUCACACUGGCUUUUAAAAAAAAAAAUAUAUCUAGCAGUAAAAUGUGUUGAUUAUUCACCUGCUUUCAUAAUUAGAAAAUACAGCUAGUGCUCGACUUACGACCUAUGCAACUUAUGACCAUUCGACUUUACGACCACAAUCACUAGCCAUAUUAGAUUUUAUAUUUAUUUCUAAUAAGAAACAAAAUAGUGUAGAGAUGACAAAAUGGCAUAAAAUGAACAUCGAAAAUUAUCAUUUAUAUCAAUAAUAAAAGAAAUUUAUGAUAUAAUUUAACAAAUAUUUUUAUAACCACACUUCACAUUACUGUACACGUAGCGUACUCAACUUAGGACCAAAUCGUUUUAUGACCGGUCUGUCAGAACCGACAGCACUAGCUGUAUGUUAAAAAAGAAACAACUAGGAGACUUAUUUGUAAUAAUUAAAUAACAAGCAACAUAAAAUAAUGUUAUGAUUGCAAAGCAACCGCUUGAAACACAAUAUAAAAAUGGUGUGGUUAAACAGAAGAGUUAAACACAAUUCCCUUUGANAUGUUAAAAAAGAAACAACUGGGAGACUUAUUUGUAAUAAUUAAAUAACAAGCAACAUAAAAUAAUGUUAUGAUUGCAAAGCAACCGCUUGAAACACAAUAUAAAAAUGGUGUGGUUAAACAGAAGAGUUAAACACAAUUCCCUUUGAAAAAAUGAUUAUUGUUAAGUAGUUACAAUCGGCUCAUGGGAUCAAUAGGAAGGAAGGAAUGCAGAAGUUUUUUAUAUUUUUACAUUACUCUCCAAUUCGUCAGUUUCACUUCUUAUUUGACAGGUUGUGUUACUUGCCGGGAAAAAAGAAUUCACAAUUGAACAAGGCUAUUUAAGAAAAGAAAGGUAAUUGUUCCACUUUGUUUUUCGGGUUGAAAUGUUAACAUCUUUUUUGUUACCCUACCCUCAGUAGAUAAGCUUAGGGCACUUUACCACUACCCACCCCCCUUGCUAUAAAAAUAAAAAGGUUGUUUAUCAAUUAUGUUCUAAAUGGAAGGUAGAGAAUGCAUUCGGGUGAUGCAAUUUUUAGAAUUUUUUUCUCAAGGGUUCUAAAACCAUCCCUAAAAAUAAGCCAGCAGCUUUCCCAGCCACUAGAUUUCUUCCUAGAGACAAGACUUUUAAGACUUAAUAUACUUAUGAGAGCCAUACAAGAUUUUACUUUUUGUGUAUGUGUAUAUUAAUAUUGGCCUCUUUUGAGGCUUAUUCUUUUUCACUUUAAAAGUUAAAAGAGGUUUUAUUUCUUAUAUUUGAUUUUGUAAAUCAACUUAAUAGUAUAAUGAUUUAAUUAUUGUUAAUAUCACUAGCUUUGGUAUAGUUUUCUUUGUAUACUGGUUUCCAGUCCUUACUUCAUCUAAAUCUAACGAGCCAAGUCUUAGAUCAGGUUAAAUUUCCUAAACAAUAUAACACUAUCUAACACUGGCAUUUCAAAGUAUUUUACAUGGAUACAUUCAUGAAAUGUAGAUUGGUUUAGAUUUAUGCAAGUUGUAUCACUUGCUUUAUUUGAGACAUCUACAGCUGUGUCAAUUCAAUAGCUUUUAAUAACUUACUAUAAUUUCAUAGAAAGCUCACUAUAUUAUUAUGUAUUAUUCAUUAACUAAUCAUUUAAAUCAUUGUUCCAGGCCCCAUGCUUUGCCUUCUGAGAAAUGGGUCAGCCUAGCUGAUAUUGUAGUGGCAACAAAAGGGAGGCUGCUGGACCACAUUGCCAGAACAGAAGGGUUUGACCUGACCCACUUGAGAUUUUUGGUAUGACAUCCUUCACAGCUCUACUCUGUAAAGAAAAUAAUACUUCUCGGUUGUUGUGUUAUUCCUGUUGUGGUGAUAUGUUGGAGUUGAAAAGUCCUUGUGAUUCCAUUCGUUUUUUUAAAUUCUUUUUGGAAUAAUCAAGUAUUAUUUUGUCCAAUUGCAUAAUUAAUUUGUUGUAAUGAUUCAGAGAAAUGAAAUUUAGCUUGAGACACAUGGAAGUGCUGUGUUCUUUUGUACUGCGUCUCAUUUUUUGUAUGCGUUGCUCUUAGGUUCUUGAUGAAGCUGACAGACAAAUGAAUGAUAUCUAUGAUGACUGGCUGAGCCAGGUUGAGACAGCUGCUUACACUCCCAGACCUGGGUCAUAUGCCCCAUACAUCAGAGACAAACCUGGUCCAUUCACAUUAGCCAGGUUAGUUUGGUAAUCUUUAUACAUUCACAGUCAGGUGUGGAAGGAAGUGGAACUCUUCACUCAUAAAUGUAAGAUCAUUUCUGUUCAAACCGGAAAUUACUAUCUCUGUGGCGCAGUGUACUGGUCUUCUGAAUUUUUAUCAUACCAGUGCCUCAUUAGGUAACAAAUACAUUCAUAUUAUUAAGGUUAGCAGAAAGUAAUGGCUGCCAACUUUCUCACUCCAUGCAGGCAUACACACUAUACAGUUAUAGUAUUUAAGACACUGUCAUUAUUAUAAGGAAGAUAGUUGCACAAUAAUAUUACCUGUGUGUCAACUUAAUGUUUGACCAAGUUAUUUUAAAUACGACAAUUGGCACAUUCAAUGCUAUCUCAUCAGAGUAGAGGUUUUCAGUCAUACGGUAGUUCAAAAUUAGUUCAUGGUAAUUCAUACACUAAUUUGUUUGUCUUAUAUCGUAAAAUGAAUCAGAAAUUUGGCAUGUGCAACUCUAUCUUUCUUUCUCUUUGGAAACAAUGGAAGUAAUUAUAAAUGUAAUAUCUUUCCACAGCUGCAAGAAAGUUGUCAUGCAUGUAAGUAGGUCACCACUUGAUUAUUAUAACUCUUUUAUGAAAAUAGAUUUGUAAGUUUGCCUUCAUGGCUUGUAAAUAUAUUUACAAAUAUGUAGGAAAUAAAGGAGAAAUAAUUGAUGUCUUAAGAAAUUAUAUAUUGCAGCUGAAAAAAACAAAAAAAAAUACUGUACUGUAAGUUCAGUGCAUUCUCUUUGUACCAUUUGCUCUGUCAUCAGUUUAAAGUAACAGCUUUUUGUGGCUAUUUUACUUUGAGUUAGAAAAGGUGAGUUCAAAGAAUACUUGAACCGAAACAUCUGGAUUGUAAUAAAAGUAAUAUUAACACACAAAAAAAACAACAACUGAUGAGCAUGAUGUCAUGGGGGGCUGAAAGUAGAUCUUAGAAAUAUUUUCUUUAAAAUACUUGCUCAGAAAUUAUGUGUCAGUGUAAAUAAAUGAGCUUGUAAUACAUAGCUGAAAUAAAAAGUAUGUUAAUGUUUUAUCCAAGGUACAAAAGCUGCUGUUUUCUGCCACCCUGUCUCAGAAUCCAGAGAAGCUGGAACAGAUGAAUCUCUUCAUGCCUCUCCUGUUUACGGCUGUUGCCCCAGAACCAACUUCCAGACUAUCUGAUCACUCUCAUAUCCAGAGCAAUGAUAUUAUCGAUACAGGUAGAAAAAAGGAACUUGAUAAGUCUUAAAAUUAGAUAAUUAUCAGCUGACCUGUAGCCAUCAUUUUUCAUUGUCUCCGACGCAUCUCCCUAAUUCUCACCUAUUCCCAUCCCUUCCACCCCCCCCCCACGACGCAUCUCCCUAAUUCUCACCUAUUCCCAUCCCUUCCACCCCCCCCGCCACCCGUCAUCUCUGCCCAUUUCUACCUCAUUCCCUGCUCUCUAUGCUCACUGCGCCUGCUCUCAGACCAAGCAAAAGCACAGAAUUAGCAUCCAUAUAAACAAUUAGCAUCCUUAUAAACACUAGUCUAGCAACUAACAUAAAGAUGCUCUGUCAAUGAACCACUUAUGCCAUAUUUGUUAAAUGGCAGACCUGUUAUACUCUUAUGAUCUUGAUGUACAAUGUAUGAUUUUUAUAUGUCUUUUACGAUUCUUCACCAAGACCCGUAAGGACUAUAUUUUUAAGAGACCUGUUUGAAAAUAUAUACAUUCUGGUAGUUUUUCAGACUAAAAAAAAAGUAUUAAAAAGUACAUUUUUGGUUGUUAGUUUUACCUGGCAUUCUACAUCCAGAGGUGAAUGGAUCGAGACAUAUGAUUUUUUUGGGGACCAUCUAUAAUUAUAUUACAUUUACCCUGAGAUGGGAAUGAUUUAGGAGAUUUUGUAUAUGGGGAGAGGGGUCUAAAUAUUUAUGUCUAUAAAAUUAACACUGCCACGUUUUCGUAUUGAUGCUGGUGAUGGUCAUAUUGUUGCUUUGUUUUCAUAAUGAACUUUAGUCAAUCCUCACGUUUAUUUGCUUUGGUGCUAUAUGAUGUAAUUUUGUGAUGUAAUUAUUUUGUUCAGCUUAACUAGGGUGAGUGCGGAAAAUUAAAUUUCAACAUAUUUUAUAGUAUCUGAGAGGGCCUUUGAAAUCUAUUUUUAGAGUGCACAAAACCACUGUACAAUUUUAAUACCCCCUCUUCCUUUCACCCAUUUACAGCUUGUGUUAGUUAUCAGAUUUUGUGGGAUGUUAGGAGUUCUAGGGUAACCAGGUCUGACAGGAGUGGAAGAAACAAGCUACCAAAAUUUGAACAUUUAAUUAUAAAUUAGCCACUUAAUGCCUGCUCCUUAGUACUGAACACAAUUAAUAUUGUGAUCCUGUGCAACCUGGAACCUUCUGUUUACAGCCACUGAUUAAAUUUAAAAAAAAAAAUCAUAAUUAAGAGAUUGAAUGUUACUUCUGUUGGGUAAAUAAUAUUUUUUUCUUUUAGAAAAUGGAGCAGUUGAUAAAUUUUCUGCACCAGCACUACUGAAGGUAAGUUUUGUGUAUGCUUCUCCUUCCUUCCAACCUGAAUGUGUGUGUGAUAAUGUAGCAGAGUAUAAAGUGUCUUUAAAAAAUUUGCUGUGCUUUUUAUUUUUACUCAAUCGGAAGUUAUGAAAGAGUAAAUUUUUGCAUAAGAUGCUUAACAAAAAUAAUCUGUUGUUUUUUUUAUAGUCUAAAAGCAUUGUAUUACAUUAACAUUAUUAGUUAAACAUAUGUCAUUCCUUUCCAAUAAACUUUUACUUCAGUAAAUAUGGAUUAUUAAAAUAUUAUCCACACAUUUUGGGGUGGGGGGUCAUUAUAUGAAAUUGUACACGUUUUAAUAUUUUGUGCCGUCUCAACCAGUGUGUACAUAUGAUAGAAUUACGGCAGUCAUAAUAUCAUAGAUAUAAAUUAUGACAAACCCAAAAAAUUGAAUUUUCCUUGUGGUAUACCGGCAUAAAGUUUAUCCACUGUUAUGUAUUAGAUUUCUUAAAACUUACUACACUUCAAAACAUCUGUGAUGAUCCACUUCAUCAUACUGAUGUAAUCUGUGGAUGACAGAUUUUCAGUUGUUAACUUACACUGUCUUAUGUUGCUUUUGUACAAUUAGGAAAAGUUUAUGGACUGUAAGAAAGCAGAGAAACCACUAGUCUUACUUCAUUUUCUUCUCAACAAACAAUUCAAACAAGUCUUGUGCUUUACUAACUCUGUGGAAUCCACUCAUAGGUAACCUUUACAAUAAAGUUUUCUCGUUGAGUGUAGACACUCAAGUCAAAACCUUGGGGUUCAUUUUUUAAAAAUAAUUAAUAAUACAUGUAGAAAAAAAAAGAUUACACAUAUUGUCGACAGAACACCUCAACCUGUGCAUUUUUUAAUUAUUUACUCAGAGGUUCCAAGAAUCCUAUUCUAAUGAAAGAAAUAAAAUUUCAAAAAUAAAAAGGGGGGGGGGUGUAUUUAAUUACCAAAUUUUUUGAAUAAAUUAGAUAUAUUGUAUUUUACUUUUUGAAGCUUAAGUGUUGGUGUAUGCAAAUGGGGUCCAGAUUUAUGAAAUAAUCCUUAAAACUAAAUUUUUCUUUUUCUCAAAGUAAAAUUCCAUUUUAAAGUCAUUUACAACAUGCCUUAAAUUUUGUUGCUUAAUAAACAUAUCCAUGACUAUAUUAGGCUUUUUUGUGGUCUCCCAAAGGUUAUAUCUUCUAGCUAAACAGAUGGAGGGUCUUAAAGUGGCUGAGCUUUCAUCCAAUGUGCACACAAUAAAACGUGAGAGAAUCAUCAGAAAAUUUGCCCGGGGUGAUCUCCAACUGUGAGUUAUGUUUUUGGUAGGAAAAAAUAUUGAUAUUUACAAGCAUAACCACCAGGCUCAAAAACAUCCAAAUGUAAUCUUGAAAUUCAACUUAUUUACAUUGGUUUAUCCCAUUUGUCUAGGCUUGUAUGCUCAGACGUUAUGACGAGAGGGAUGGACAUUGAGAAUGUACAGUAUGUUAUUUCUUAUGAUGCCCCUCCAUACAUUGAGACGUAUAUACACAGAAUUGGACGGACGGCCAGGGCAAACAAACCAGGGACAGCUAUAACUUUGCUGGAAGGAAAAGAGGUAAGGCAUGGGGAAACUUAAAAAAAAAUAUCCUUAUGUUUUAGGUGAAUUGCUGUUAAAGGGAUAAAAAAAUUGAUUGGAAAGAACACCUGUAUAUAAGGGGUUUAAUUAACUUUAUUCUGUAUCUGGCUAUAAUGCUUUUCUCGCCCAAGUUAAGCAUGGUGCUUUUUGCUUGCCUUGAUGAUAAUUUACUCUUAUGCAAAAGACAUUUUCUAGAGGCAGCUUGCCUUUGACUGCUGUCCUGUCUUACACAUUGCAGUUUAGAGAUUGCUUUGUUCAGCUUAGCACACAAAGAAAUUUAUAAAUACAGGUUUUAUUUUUUUCACUAAAUCAGUCUUUUAGCUAGGCAUCAAGGUGGGGGAAAGUUCAAAUGUAGGCUGAUUAUCAGAGGGUUGGACCGUGAUAAAACUUUAAAGAAGAUUUACAUACAGUUUGUGUAAAUAAAACUAUGUAUGUUGAGCUUUAAUUGUGGUUAGAUAAUAUACAAAUUCAAAGGUUUCGGCAGAUGCCUUUCAUCUGUAGUGCAAGUACAAAAAAAUGCAAUAAUAUUAUUAUAAAUUAAAUUGUUGAAAUGCAUGUAUAUACUACCUUUACCUAAAAAUUGGUUUAAACCGUAUGGUGUCAAUUUAACAACUCCUUUUAUUAAUUUGUUUUCCAUAUAAAUUCUAUCAGGUGUAUUACACGCAUGCAAUAUACCAGUAACUACAACGCCCAAUAUUCCAUUAUGGUUGGCACUGUUUUAAUGUUUAGAAUUAGAAAUGGGACAAAAGGCUUGUUUAUUGAUGCUGCACUAAAAUGGUCUCCAAGACGAUGAACUGUCUCCCAAACAUAUGAUUUUCUGCAAUUUGUGACUGUGUGACUGGAGCAAGUAAAACCAUCUUUGAUCUGAAUAUUUCCAGAGGCAUAGUGAUGAAACUUUGGUCUUAUCAACUUCAAUCACAUAGGGGACAGCAUCUAUAAUUGCAACUUUUGUUGCCUUUAUGUGCUCUAAUAGCAGGGACAUGGCCUCUAACCUCAAAACUAAUUUAAACAAGAACAUACCAUCUGUGUCCAUUUAUUACAAAACAACGGACAGUCAUAGUUUCCUGCUAUACUCAUCGUCCCAUCCUCAGUCUUGUAAAAGUUCCAUCCCUUUCUCUCAAAUUCUUAGACUUCAAUUGCUCAGGACUAUGCUGACAUCUAUUUAAAUCACAACUCUACAUAGAGAGAAAAUCCCAGAGCUUAGUUUUGAUAGUUCCUUGCUGGAUUCACAAGUCACUCAUAAUUUCUGUAUCACAUGUUAGACUUUACAAAACUCACAUAAUAUGUUUGUUGCUAGAUGUUGCCUGAAAUUUGCUAGAUCUUUCAUGAUGUUUGUUUGUUGCUAGAUGUUUCAUUUCAAGAAGAUGUUGAGGGAUUCAGGCAGAUGGAAUAAGCUGAAGAGGAUACAGAUUAAUCGUCGUCGAAUUGAGCCCUUAGUGCCACAGUUCACCAAAGCAUUGAAAAUACUGCCUGAAAUUUUAAAGGUUUGUAACUUUAUAAGUAGGACAAAUCAUUAAGAAUAAAAUUUGCUCAGCGAUUAUUUAUCUUAUUUUAAAACAUUUAAACUUUAGCAUGAAUAAAUUUUUGCUAUAAUGAAGGCCAUUAAGCCGUAAGCCAUUUACAUAGCACUGAAUUGAUUAGUUUUCACUUUCAUUGAACCUUAUAAACUUUUCAUUUGGUACUCUUCGUUUCAACAAUUGAUUACCAAUAUCAAAGACCUCUUAAUUAAUUUUAUUUUAAAUUUUUACAUACCAUUCCCAAUAAAAUCAAUUACGGUAAAGUAUUUGCUUAUGUUUAAUGUUUUUCAGGAACAAAGAAGGCAGCAGAAAAGCUCCUAACACACUCCAAAUGUGUUCUGUAAAUUUGAAAGAAAAUAAAUCUUAAUCUGUAACUGUAUGCAAAACCUUACAAUUAUCAGAGCAAAAUCAUUUGAAAUAUUGACACAAGUAGUGCUGAAAAAAAUCAAAUUCACUAUAGCCACAACUUUGCAUUCCUUGUGGGCUUCUGGGCAAAAAAGAUGCAGUUGAAUUAAGUUUUAAGUUAUGCCCAGCUUUUACUCUUAAUUAAAAUCACAGACAGCUGUCCUCCCUGAAAGAACAGAUGAUAAAAUGUCUUCUUAAGUAUUUGUAAAUAUUGUGGUUUAUGUUAUGUACAGAAAGAUACGUAGUACAGAAAGAUACGUAAGUGAUCUUUUAAAUUUUAAU